AUGCAUCGAGACAUUGAACGUUGUGACGUCAACCGUGAAUCCGAUACCUCUGAAGAUGUCGCCACAGGAGCCAUCAGCCUGACGUAUCCCGAAGGCGGCUGUGAUGCAUGGAGCUGUCUGGUGGGUUCUGUCUUUAUUAUGUUCCCAUCCUUCGGCUUUCAAACUGCUGUCGGCACGGUGCAAGACUAUAUUACCACCCACCAGUUAUCCGGCUACAGCGUGGAGGACAUCGGCUGGAUCAGCGCGCUCCUCGUCUUCCUGACGCUCUUCUUAGGCGUUCAAGUCGGCCCCGUUUUCGACCGCUAUGGCCCUCGCCUUCUCCUCGCCGUGGGCUCUCUUGGCAGCGUCACUUCCUACCUCCUCGUUGCCCAAUGUGCGAAAUACUGGCAUUUUAUGCUCGCCCUGAGCGUUCUGGGCGGCAUGUCUUCGGCCAUUCUCACUACUGUCGCCAUUAGCGUGCUGAGUCACUGGUUUGAACGUCGCCGUGCCCUGGUCACGGGAAUCUGUAUGGGCGGCUCGUCCGCCGGUGGUGCGGUCCUCCCGAUCGUGCUCCGCAGCACUCUCCAGAAAUAUGGCUGGGCAUGGUCUCUGCGCAUUGUCGCCUUCAUUGCCCUCGGCUGUUAUACUUUGGCAAUCAUCCUUGUCAGAGGCAGGCAGCUGCCCGACAAUGGCACCCCCACUCGCGCCACUAUCAACUUUCGCGCGUUCCGGUCACCGCGUCUCUGUUUUCUGGCCCUUGCAGUGUUCAGUUUUGAGUUUAUUAUCUUCGGAUGCGCAGCGUUGCUUCCAACCUAUGCACGCUAUGCAGGUUUCUCGUCCCAACAGCAAUUUUACACACUGACAGUCCUGAACAGCAUGAGUUUACUGGGUCGGGUGCUCCCCGGGUUAGCAGCGGACUUUCUGGGAAGAUUCAACAUUCUGUUAGCGAUGAUGAUCCUCACGCUGGUGGUCAUGACGGCCGUGUGGGUGCCGUUCGGAUCGCGAAGCGAAGCGACGUUGUAUGCAGUCGUCGCCGUGUUUGGGUUUGAAUCGGGCGGCUGGAUCUCGCUGGCUCCGGUGUGUGCAGGCCAGUUGUGUCGGACCGAGGAGUACGGUCGAUUUUAUGGAACGGUGUACAGCGUUGCAGCAUUUGGAACAUUAUUGACUGUUCCAGUAGGCGGGCAGCUACUGGAGGCAACAUCGCCGCAAGCAUUAGUUGGUUUUUAUUCGGCGGUGUUGGUAUUCGGGCUGAUCAAUGUGGUAUGCUCGAGGUGGGCACUACUAGAGUGGCGGUGGAAAUGGACUGCCAAAGUUUGA